UCUUUAAAAAACAAAACAAAAGGCACAAGAAGCUGCUCCACAUUCCACCUCACUCACUUUUUUUUCUUCAUUCACUGUCCUAAAUGGCCGCUCCACAUCUCCUCCUCCUCCAAUGGCUUUCAUUAUUCUUCAACUUCAUCAUUUUCACCAAUAUCUUCUUCUUCGCCGCUGCUCAGCUCCCAGGCACGUGGGAGCUUCUCCUUCCCAACGCAGGCAUAGCCUCCAUGCACACCGCCGUCACGCGCUUCAACACCGUCGUACUCCUCGACCGCACUAACAUCGGACCCUCUCGCAAAAUGCUUCCAAAAGGUCACUGCCGUAACGACCCGAACGACGAGGUUCUCAAGCGUGAUUGUUACGCGCACUCCGUCGUCCUCGACCUUCAGACCAACACCGUCCGACCGCUGAUGAUCCUCACCGACACCUGGUGUUCUUCCGGUCAGUUCCUUCCCGACGGAACGCUUUUACAGACGGGUGGUGAUUUGGACGGCGUCAAGAAGAUAAGGAAAUUCACGCCUUGCGAGGCCAACGGAAGGUGCGAUUGGGAGGAAUUGACCGACGUUGAACUGGUCGACGGAAGGUGGUACUCGACCAAUCAGAUUUUGCCAGAUGGCUCGGUGAUCACUGUCGGUGGGAGAGGGGCGAACACUGUGGAGUAUUACCCGCCGAGGAAAAACGGUGCCGUUUUGCUCCAAUUUCUAGCUGAGGCGGAGGACAAUCAGAUGGACAAUUUGUACCCUUAUCUUCACCUCCUUCCCGAUGGCAACCUCUUCAUCUUCGCUAAUAACAAGGCGGUUUUGUACGAUCACCAAGGGAACAAAGUCGUGAGGGAAUAUCCACCGUUGGAUGGUGGCCCACGGAAUUACCCAUCCGCUGGAUCAUCCGCGAUGCUUGCGCUUCAAGGGGACUACUCAACGGCUGUGAUCGUCGUCUGCGGUGGGGCCCAGUACGGUGCUUUUAUAGAGCGGAGUACGGAUACACCGGCUCACGGUAGCUGCGGACGCAUUGUGGCUACCGAACCCAACCCGGUUUGGCAAAUGGAGGACAUGCCGUUCGGGAGAAUCAUGGGUGAUAUGGUGAUGCUACCGACCGGUGAGGUUUUGAUUAUCAAUGGAGCUCAGGCUGGAACUCAAGGCUUCGAAUUGGCUUCCAACCCGUGUUUGUAUCCGGUUCUUUACCGACCCGAUGAACCUGUUGGGUUACGGUUUAUGACGUUGAACCCGGGUACUGUACCCAGAUUGUACCAUUCCACCGCCAAUCUGUUACCCGACGGUCGGAUAUUGGUUGCGGGUAGCAACCCGCAUUAUUUCUACAAAUUCAAAGCGGAAUACCCGACGGAGCUGCGGAUCGAAGCGUUUUCGCCCGAGUAUUUGUCUCUGGAUCGGGCAAAUAUUCGACCUGUAAUCGAGGGAAUUCCGGAGACGGUACGCUACGGCGCCGUUUUCGAGGUGGUGAUUUCGGUGUCUUUGCCCGUGGUUGGGAUGGUUGAGGUUAAUCUGGGAAGCGCACCUUUCUCGACGCACUCGUUUUCGCAAGGUCAACGCCUGGUCAAAUUAGCCGUUACGCCGACGUCGCCGGAAGAAAGUGGCCGUUAUAAGAUCAGCUGUACGGCUCCGCCUAACGGUAAGGUUGCUCCGCCGGGUUAUUACAUGGCUUUCGCGGUGAAUCAGGGAGUGCCAAGUGUCGCACGUUGGAUAUAUUUGGUGUCUUAAAACUUUUUUUU